GGCGGCGCUGGUGGACCCUCCGGACCCUCACCCUCGCUCGCAGCCCGGGGGGGCCCCUCGGCACCCCCCGCCCGCACCCCCCAUGCGCUGCCCGGCCCGGGGGGGCCCCCCCGCCACGUGAGGUGGGGGGCAGGGCCGCGUCCCCUUCGCCCCCCGCCGCCCCCCAGCCCAGCCAUGAUGUUCCGGGACCAGGUGGGGAUCGUGGCCGGCUGGUUCCGCGGCUGGAGCGAGUGCGAGCAGACGGUGGCACUGCUGGCGCUGCUCAAGCGCGUCACCCGCACCCAGGCGCGCUUCCUGCAGCUCUGCCUCGAGCACUCGCUGGCCGACUGCCCCGACAUCCACCUGCUCGAGGCCGAGGCCAACAGCGCCGCUGCCAUCUCGCAGUGGCCCCAGGAGCCCGCCGAGGCCGCCGUGGCCCUGCUCCUGGCCCACCUGCCGCUGCUGCAGCCGGGCAACGCGGCGGCCAAGGCCGAGUACAUGAAGCGGCUGCAGAAGGUGCUGGCCGACGCCAUCGAGAGCAAUCGCUGCGUGGAGGAGUCGCGGCAGCUGCUCUCCUACGCGCUCAUCCACCCGGCCACCACGGCCGACGACCGCAGCGCGCUGGCCCUGUGGCUCGGGCACCUGGAGGAGCGCCUGGCCCCGCCCGGGCCCCCCCAGCGCCGGCCCCCGGCCCACGAGUGGCCCCCGGAGCCCCCCGAGCCCGGGGGUGGCGGUGGUGGGGGGAGCAGCGCGGCCGGAGGGGGCGGCGGGGCGUGGGCAGAGCAGCACCCGGCGGGCACGGCCCCCCGGGAGAACGGACACCCCCCGUUCCAGGCGCCCGGAG